CAAUUUUAAACUUUCUUGAUUCGGUUCGUAUAAAUCGUUUCCAUUUCAAGUUCCCUAAAACAUGAAACCUGAACAUAUGACCCCUCAAAUGUCGUCUUCAAGCCUCAACCGUCUUAAUGGCACCAAUCGCUGUAUGAAGAACUUCCACCGGAGGUAUUUGACCUUAUGUCGGGCGAAAAAUUAUCAGCCAUUGGCUGAACUCGUUGGCAACAGCGGAGGGGGAGCUGGAGUUUGUAAAUCGAAGACGGACCAUGGUUGGCAAACGGUAAAUUUUUUCGGUGAUCGGCUCAAGGAAACCGACUGGCAACUUAUUACCGAUGCUCUGCGUGAAGAUUCGUCACUGGAAUUACUUGCCAUUCGACUGAGAAAGGUCCUGAAUGAUGUUCUGGAUAAUGGGUGCCACCGAAUGGAUGCUGUGAUUGACCGUCCGGUUAUAUUGGUCAAACGAUUGUUCACAAAGCUAAUGGACUGCUUGGAGAGUUUCCUGGUCAACAAUCAAACCGUCAAAACUCUCGUACUGGAAGCCUUACCCAUUCAGGGUAUCUACAUGGGAACAUUUAUUAAUGGCCUCCAGCAAAACUGUUCCAUCACCGAGCUAAGUUUGGCGCGUAGUGCCAUUCGGGACGAAGGGUGUGAAGCCAUUUGCAGUGCCGUAAUGCAUUUGCCAAAAAUUGAAUCGUUGAACAUGUCCGGAUGCCAACUAACGGCCCGAGGUUGCCAAUCAGUGGCCGAGCUGGUCAAGUAUCAGAAAAUCAAGAGAUUCGCUCAAAGUUGGCAAUAUUCGCUCCGUUACGGUGACGUUCAUACGGAAAAGAUGCAAGGUUUACGAGUUCUGUCGCUUAGUUCAAAUCCGCACAUUGGUGACGAAGGUAUGUCAGAGCUGACUGAAGUGCUCAAAGAUGACGAAUGGAUACGGCAAAUUCACUUCAGAAAUUGUGGUUUAACAGACAAUGGAGCCAAAUUGUUAGUGGACUGUUUGAACUUCAACAAAACCAUCAAAAAUUUUGACAUUCGAAGUAAUUCGGGUAUUUCGAGCGAAGCUCUCCAUGGAAUUCUGGUAAAACUGGGAGGUGAAGUGGUGCCAUCUGACGGUAGACAAUCCGUACAGGAAACAAGAAUAGUUGGGCAUAGGAAGAUGAAAGCUGGCGAGCAAAAUAAAUACCUACAGCAACAAUUGGCAGCUGAGCGCCAUAGGAGCACCGAAUUGCAAGCGCUUGUCGAACAACUGCACCAGCAACAGGAAGAAUACGCAAUGCAAUCCAAAAUGCAAUUUAAUAAGUUAAAGCAGGACUAUGGCUUGCUUUUGAACCAGCGAGAUGAAUUACUCAACAAAGUGCAAUGUUUGCAGAAGACGCGACCACAGAGCAAGAAAAUCAAUCUACGCAAGAGUAAAAGCGUUGCACUACCAUCGGAUUUCUUUAGCCACCCUGCAAACGUUGUUGAUCAGUGCAAAGGACGGGCUAAUCCUGGAGCUAAAUCGGAGAUGACACUUCGCUGGGUAGACGAUGCUGGUGCCUCAGGACAUACCAAACGGACCCAGGUGAUGGAUCGAAUGAUUGGCGAUAGCGAACUAAACACACGCAGGAAUCAGUUCGCCUUGGAACCAGUGUUAGAAGUGGAGCAAGAUGGUAUUUGUGAAGAUGGUUUCGGGGACAUCGGACUUGGCUGUUCGAAAGUCACGAUCAGGAAAACAGAGCUUGAUAAUCAACACAAGGGACGUCCCCAGUCAAAAGCAUUCAGCGUAUUUAGCGAAGAUGAAUACUUUGACGACGUUGAAGAAGCUGCUGACCAGCAAUUUGGUAAUGAUUUAACGGAUCGAAACCCAAAAAAGGAAGAUGAGAAAGAGGAGGAUGAUGACGAAGACGACGAGAUCGGCUAUGAUAUAUCUGGGGUCGAUUUACUGAAAAUAGUGGCUAGGAAAAUGUCCAUGGAGGCCAUAAACGAUACGCAGUCGCUUUUUAUGAGUGCUUACAGUGGCGACGAGAACUAGAGAUUUUA